AUGAUUUUCCUUCGCCAUCACCUCCAUGAAGGUCUAAAGACCGAAUAUUUGACUAUUAAGGACCCUCAAAUUCUUUGGGCCAAUCUAAAGGAAAGAUAUGACCACCAGAAAAUUGUGAUUUUGCCUAAAGCUCGUUAUGAGUGGCUGAAUUUAAGAUUGCAAGACUUUAAGUCUGUUAGUGAUUAUAACUCAGCCAUGUUCAGAAUCACUUCACAAUUGAAUUUGUGUGGAGAGAAGAUUACUGAUGCAGAAAUGUUAGAAAAAACAUACUCAACUUUCCAUGCAAAUAAUGUUGUCUUGCAGACACAAUAUCGUGAAAAAGGCUUCCAGAAAUAUUCUGAAUUAAUUUCUUGUCUCCUAGUGGCGGAGCAAAACAACGAGCUGCUAAUGAAAAACCAAGAAUUACGCCCAACUGGCUCUGCUCCAUUCCCUGAAGCGAAUGUGAGUUUACACAAUGGGCAAGAAUUAAAAGAAACACACCAUGCAAAUAGUAGUGUGCGUGGCCGUGGUCGUGGACAUAGAUAUGGAUAUGGUCGAGGUGGUCGUUUUAAAAAUUCACAUUCCUACUAG